GCCUUUAACAAGUCCCAUUAUGAACCCCUUGCAAACAUUCACAUCAACGCCGCGAACCUUCGCCUAUGAUCAGUUGAUUGACAUAAAGGGUAGACAAAUAGAUAUCCGAAGUCUGGCCACUCAGUAUUACUUGGUUGUUAUCUCGUUAAAGAGCGUACAAUGCCCUGUAUGCCCGGUAUUACUCCAACUCAUAAAUAUGUGUAGCGGAAAAGAUGGCAAAGACGAGUUAAUCGAUCCGUUCACGUCGGAAAUCAUGCGAAUUAAUCCUGAAGACAAGGAAAUAUAUAGAAUUCUGUUACAAAAAGAUGCUUAUUAUAUUGUAAUUUGUCCGGGCCCUUCAGAUGCACUGAGCGAGAUUGCAAGGCAGUCUGAAUUUGAGCAAUACCCAUUUAUUGCUGAUGACGAGGAUCUAUCCAUUGCCAAGACGUUAAAAUUGAACAUGUCUAAUAGCGAAAUGUGGCCGAGCAUUAUUCAUGUUAUUCCAGAAUCUUUAUCUAUGCUUCCAUUAUCAAUCGGCCGCGGUCCAGGCAACUAUGGCAUAAUGGCACUACUGAAAGGGAUCAUGAACGAACGAGCAAAGUGGGAACGUAAAGCCUUUCAAGCUAUGAAAGAUGCCUCAACUCAAGUUGAUAGAACCCGUAGGAAGAUGAAAAAGUGGCAAGAUGUUAUGGUUAUUCGGCAAAUUAGCAAUGACAAUAAGUUACCAUCGGAAAUCUUGUAUGCCAUAAUAGCGUUUCUCCCAGAUAUCCGAGACGUAAUCAAGAUGCGAGAGGUCUCCUUAUUGUUCAAUAUCACAGCAUGCGAAGUAGUCAUAUCAAAGUUGCGACAUCAUACCAGGAUUUUGAUGGCUUCAGUUCCUCCAAGCGAAGAAAUCGAGCUUGUUCUGCAAGAGUCCCUCCGGCAGUGGAGGAAGCCGACACCCAUUUUACGCGGCGCCGAUUUUCCAGGGCUUGGCCAGCUAAGAGACGAAGUAAAAUCGGCGGAACGAUCGUCAUUACUAGUGAAUCAGUGGAUAAAGAGCGCACGGCCGACACUCACUAUCUGAUGUUCCAACAGUGAAAUUUAUUUAUGGAAAUGAAAGUGAUAUGGAAGGUCACAAAGCAAGGUAUCGUGAAGAACUCAGGUUGGGAUUAUGUAUUUGACUGGAUCAAUGC